CUCGUGGACUGGUCGUCAUUGAGAGUGUUGUGAAUAAAUUUACAAUUAAAAAGUAGAUUUAUUCAGAUUUCCAGUUUCUCGCUUGAAAGAAACCCGUUGGUAUAUUAAUAAAAUCCUCGGUUCGGCAGAAAUCUCUGUCAGUUCGCCGAGUGAGUAAAACGCCUACAGUGUCGACUUUGAAAGGGUUUUGUUUUUAAUUUUCUCAUUUAAUCAGAGCAAUUUAUGUGUCAAUGAAAAGUCUAGAUUUUUUGCUGAGAUCCAGACAUCAGCGAUUUAUAAGGUUGGACAAACAUCUCAGGACGAAGAAAGGCAGCCGAAGAGGAAACUCGGGCAACUACAAAGAACUUCAGGUACUAACUCGUAUACAUCACGUACCUUAGACGAAAAAACAAAAUGGUUCAUAGCGCUACUGCAGUUUCUUUGUCUAACCAGGCCAUUGAAUGGGACAGUCAAGUCAAGAAACCCAAAUUGGACACAACUUACGCUAGCACCUCUAAGACUCAGAUCAAAAAGGAUAUUCAAAAAGACCAACAAUACGGAGCCUGGGGAAGCACAUUCAAGAACAAAAACAAUUUCGCCAAUAUGCACUGCUGUUAG